CUGAUGCAAAAUGCAAUUAAUCGAACAAGUCCAUGUCCAGCAACAAUUGUUUUGAAUCUGCUUCUGCUCUCCUCUUCUCUCUCUCUCUCUCUCUCUCUCUCACAGAGGCUUAUAAUUAAUAGUAUUAUGUGUGUGUAUAUAUAUAUAUAUAUGAUUGAGUUGAGUUGAAUUGAAUUGAAUUCCACUACUUGCUGUUCAUCUUUACAAAAACAGAGAGGGGCUGCAGUGCACAUGCUUAUGCUUCCUCUCAUUCUUAUGUUAUGAUACACGACCAUAUAUAGUUGGAGAAGCAUAUAUAUUCGAUCGAUCUGGUGUGAUCUGUGAUUGAUAGUGAUAGAUAUAUGGUGAUGGUGAUGGUGGAGGAGACCAAAGUGUUCGUGGGGGGGCUGGCAUGGGAGACACAGAAGGAAGCCAUGCGCGACCACUUCAACCAGUACGGCCACAUCCUUGAGGCCGUCAUCAUCUCCGACAAGCUCACCGGCCGCUCCAAGGGCUACGGCUUCGUGACCUUCAAGGAUCCUGAAGCCGCCAAGAAGGCCUGCGAGGACCCCACCCCGAUCAUCAACGGCCGCCGCGCCAACUGCAAUCUCGCCUAUCUCGGCGCCCGCCGCCCCUCCACCUCCCCGACCCUCACUCCCUCUCCCACCAAAAACACCACCGCCCCUCCCCCUCCCCCUCCCCCUCAACAGGGAGCAAGGGCAGCAGCAAUUCCCAUUCACCAUCAGCAGCAGCAGGUGCAAUGGUACUACCCCUCCUCCUUCAACCACCAUCAGCAGCAGCAGAUGCCUUUCUACAGCUGCUACUCCCCUACUACUACUACUGCUGCUGCUACUCCUCCUACUACCUACAUCGCCUGCAGCACCCCAUCCGACCACCUCAUCAAUUACAACCAUCCAGUUGUUAAUAAGGUGGGGGGAUACAUGAAUGGAGGAGGAGGAGGAGGAGGAGGAGGGUAUUACAGCAGCUGCAACAACCAGCAACAGGCGGGCGUGUAUCAUCAUUAUCCAGGUGCAGGGGUUGGGGUUGGGUUGGGCAGCACGUUGCAGGUGUACCCUGCAGCAGGUUUCUACCAGUACCUCAACCACCACCACCACCACCACCAGCAGCUGCAGCUGCAGGCAAUGGGGCUGCCCGCCGCCCACAUGUACUCUGCAAUUCCCUUCAUUCCACCUCCUCCUCCUCCUGCUGCUAAGCCCACUUCCACCCUCCACCCACCACCACCUACUACUACUACUACUACUACUAAUCCAGGUACAGCUGCAGUUGGCCAACACAGCUAAAAGCUUCAUUAUGAGGAAUUGAAGGAGGAGGAUUGUCCUCUCUCUCUCUAUAUCUAUAUCUCUCUCUCUCUAGGAAAUAACAAGUCAUUCUUAGGGUUAGUUGCUGAGAGAAACAUGCUCUUUUAUUAUCGUGCAUCUGCAACUGCAAUGGCCCUUUUCUUUUUUUUUUUUUUUUUUUGUUUCUUAAUUUCCU